AUGACUCACGUAGGGUUCUUGGUAUAUUGUGCUGGCCUUCUCGCCAGCGCCGCCUUACCACACUUCUCAUCGGCGCUUUCCCUUCGCUCUGGCAUAGCGACAUCUCAGCAAAACAGCCUUCACGCAAAUUUAUUUGCAUCUGGCCAAGAUUUGCUGCGGACGUUGACGGCGCCCACAGGCGCUGACAAAACUGAUGACUGCUUGGAGAUCAUAAACAAGCUAAGGAAAGAAAAUCUAGAGGACCUCUUGGAAACCCUCACCAAGGCACAGGGAAGUGACGUGACUGCAAGCCUGAAGAAGCUCGGAAUACAGGACCCAGCAGAACCUACUACUGCGAAUAUUGCAGAAAAGCUUGCAGGUGAAGAUAACACAUGUCAAUCGGGCAUAAACGCAAAUGCGGAGAAGUAUCCCGGACUCGUCAUUCCAUUCACGCAUGAGACGGAUUUCGACUGCAGCACUUUGAUUCGGGCGACUUACACAGCCGGACUCGACCACCUCAAACAAUCGAACUUCGACCCAUCAACAGGGACGUAUAAUGUUGAAAAGCCUCCAUUUGAUGACGUAGAUGCCAGCAAUGUGGCGUUUUUGCUAUCGGCGAAAAGCACAGAGGUCUCAUGUGCCGCCACCAACAACUGCAAUGAUGGCCACAAUGUUUUAUUCUGCUACUUCUUGGAGCCACUUCGCACAGGAGAAAAGCCUUUCACAACUGAGCUUUACAAUGCCCUCUGGGGUUUGCAAACAGGCGCAGCGUCUAUUGCGGUUCCCAGCGUUGCCACCGUUCUUUUGGUCCUCACUUUGAUCAUUCGGACUUGA